AUGACGCCGAAUGCUUGUCAGGCAUGCAACGAGUUGGAUAAUUCCCGAAUGGUCCAGUGUGACAUGUGUGAUGACUGGUACCACUUCGACUGCGUAGGGGUCAACCAAGACGUCGAGAAUCACGAUUGGCUUUGCUCAGUCUGUAUGGAGAAGCAGCAAACCAAGAACAAAAAGUCGACGAAAUAUAUUCCCCUGCCGGUACCGUCUGUAAGUACACUUAGCCCGAUAAGCACUAGCAGUGUGGCACCGUUGAGUACUGCCGCCGAUAUGGUGACGAGCAUGGUUGUCACCUCUAUGUUUCCGACAAAUACAGUUUACCCUACGAUUGGGCAAAACAUUACUAUGCCACCCGUUUCUCAAAUGCCGCCCCACUAUUUCAUGCCACCACAUUCUUUGAUAUCGUCAAAUGCCUUAUUGCCACCCUAUUCGUUUAUGCCACCCCUUUAUUCGAUACCUCCUUGUCAGCCUAUGCAAGUUGUUUGCACUAUGCCGUCAGUGCCAUCGUCCUGCUGGUCAAAUCCGUACGCGUCACUACCGGGAGUGAAUACUUAUGAUAUGUGUAACACAGUGCCAUUUAGUUUUACUCAGCCGAUUCCAUCGAUACCAAAUGUAGUUCCAAAUACUGUUCCAAUAGAAAGAUCGCAGAAACCUUUGCCGAAUCCAGUGCAUACUAAUAAUCCCCCGAAAGCCCAACAAGUUUUGGAGGAUAACUUGAGCCAGCAUUCCGCAGCAAUUUUCGGACAGUCCGUCAAGCAGAGACAGUUGCAAAUGGAGUUGCAGAUUUUGGACGACGAGAGGAAAAUACAGGAAGAGGAAGAAACUAAUCGGCGUCAGUAUCUGCGUAAGCGACACGAGUUGAUGACGAAGAUGGUCCGCGAAACCACGCCUGUUGCUGAUGUCGAGGAAGAGCGAUCGAAUCAACGAGUUUCUGAGUGGAUAAGUGAGACGGUUAAUGCGAAUGUACAGGAUACGCACUGUCCACGGGCUGACGUUGUUCCGGAACAACUUUCACAGAGAAUCCAACGCCGUUCCACUCCAGCUGUCGCGUCAACUCAUCCACAGGAAAUGCCACAAAAUAUGCAACCAAUUUCCAACCAAAGGAUAGAGAAUGCAGAAGGUGGUUUUUUCCCGAGACGGCGCUCAACACCAAGGCAGACUUCAAUUGAAGAGGAAGACGAUAUUAAUUUAACACGCAAGCAAAUCGCUGCUCGCCAAGCAGUUUCGCGGGAUCUUCCCUCAUUCAGCGGUACUCCGGAAGAAUGGCCGUUGUUUUACUCAACGUUCACAACAACGACCAACCUGUGUAGAUACACGUCGGAGGAAAACCUGGUCCGAUUAUGCUGUUUGGAAAUCCAGAAGUCAUCGUGCAGAACCUUAUCUAAGAUUCACUGCACACCAGCGCCGAAGGCCGACAAACUGGACACUCUCGUCGAGUAUUCUCUGGCUGUACAGAACCUCUGUGCGACUAUCGAAGCUUGUCAGCUUGAAGAAUACACCUACAACGUAGCUCUGCUGCACGAGCUUGUAGACAAGCUACCGCCUUCCUUCAAGGUUGACUGGGCCAAGCAUCGCCGCGAUUUACCUCGGGUAAACCUGACAGCAUUUUCAGCUUGGCUGUACCAGUUAGCAGAGACAGUUUGUCCAAUCGCACGACUGACUUGCAGUGAAGCGGUUCCCGGUCGAGGAAACAAGAAGAACUCAGCUUACGUCAACACGCACAGUGAGGAGAGCUCUGACAAUCCGAAGGAGAAACCGGAUCAUCGAGCGAAAGGGAAUCCAUCCGGUCCGUCUUCCUCAGGUGGCUGCGUAGCUUGUAAAGGAAAUUGUCCGAAGUUGGAGAAGUGCCAGCGAUUCAACGAGCUUUCGUACAAUGCUCGAUGGGCGAUUAUCAAGGAGUUCAUGCUUUGCAGAAAAUGUCUCAAGAAGCAUAAGGGCAGCUGCAAAUCCCUACAAGUGUGCGGAAAGAACGGCUGUACGUUCAAACACCAUGAACUUUUGCACAACUACCAACGGGAUGGAGCGGGAUCGAACCCAUCUUCCAGUAAGGGUCAGAACUCCAACGCAGGCACUCAAAACACAUCGGUGCGUGAGUGCAAUGCUCACCACAAGUCGACUAACCAAGGACUGUUCCGUGUUGUCCCGGUGGUCAUUCAUGGCCCGAAGAAAUCCAUCAAGACGUACGCCUUCCUAGAUGAUGGCUCAUCUCUUACGUUGGUUGAUGCAUCCCUAGUCCAAGAAUUGGGAUUGAAAGGAAACCCGGAGCCACUGUGCCUGAAGUGGACCGGGAACAAGCGCCGGCUGGAAAAUGAUUCACUAAAACUCGACAUCGACGUAUCUGGAACGGGAGAAAUCCAGAAGAAAUACUGCCUACGAGGAGUUCAUACUAUUUGCAACCUGGAUCUAUUCCAUCAGACGGUGGAUGUGCACCAAUUAGCUAAACGAUACCGGCACCUGCGGGGAAUUCCUAUCGAAUCGUACAACAAUGUACAACCUCGAAUCCUAAUCGGGAUCGACAAUGCCAACAUCACGCUACCGCUUAAGGGAAGGGAAGGAAAUAUGUUCGAGCCGAUUGCAACGAAAACUCGUCUGGGCUGGAUUGUACACGGAGGCUCCAGUACAACUGACUCGUUAGUAGGAUACCAUUCAGUGGAAUUCUGUCCAUGCAGCGAAUCGUCCGAUCACAUACUGCAGCAAUCAAUUCAGGAGUACUUUUCUUUGGAAGGUCUGGGCAUCUGUAAGUCGAAAAAGCCUCUGAUCUCUGGUGAAGAAGAACGUGCCCAACAGCUUUUACAGUCUGUCACCCAAACAGAUAGCGGAAGAUACGAAGUACAUCUACUGUGGAAGUACGACAAAGUCCAUCUACCUAACAGCAAACCAGCGGCUCUGCGACGGUUCCACUGCCUUGAGAAUAGGAUGAAGAAGCAGCCGAAGCUAGCCGAAGUAUUGCGUGCGAAGAUCGAUGACUAUCGGCGGAAAGGGUACAUAAGGAAGCUGUCGAACGAGGAACUACAGAAACCGCAAGAACGAGUGUGGUAUCUUCCGCUGUUCCCGGUUAUCAACCCGAAUAAGCCGGGGAAAGUCAGGUUUGUUUGGGACGCAGCAGCAAUGACAAACGGCGUAUCGCUCAAUUCCAUGCUGCUGAAAGGGCCGGACUUGCUGACUCCGCUGGACUACGUUCUCUACCGGUUCCGCGAAUUUCGAAUUGGACUUAGUGGUGACGUUAGGGAGAUGUACCUGCAGAUGCUGAUGGCCGCGCGAGAUCAACACUGCCUUCGAGUACUGUGGAGUGACGACGGAAAGGGCGAACCUAGCACGUAUGUAACACAGGUUAUGCCAUUCGGAACCUCCUGUUCACCAUCCUGUGCACAGUACGUGAAAAAUCUCAACGCGAGCAAUUUCGCAGGCCAGUACCCGCAAGCAGCACAGACGAUUAUAAAACAGCAUUACGUGGACGACAUGUUGGCGAGCGUGGAAACGGAAGAGGAGGCAAUUCAGUUGGCGAAAGACGUAAAGCACGUUCACGCUCAAGCGGGACUCGAAAUGCGCAAUUGGAUCUCAAACUCGCCAGCGGUGGUGGAAGCAAUGAAGGAGACGAAGACCGACGAGAAGAAUCUCAACCUGGGACCAGAGCUGGGAACAGAAAAGGUCCUAGGAAUGUGGUGGUGCACGGCUACAGAUACGUUCACGUACAAGCUCUCGGUGAAACACGACCGUGACCUGUUAGCUGGAACGCGUAAACCCACGAAGAGGGAGGUUUUACGAACGCUCAUGGCCGUCUUUGAUCCACUAGGAUUGAUAUCCAACGUGCUCGUCUACUUGAAGGUUCUAUUCCAGGAGAUAUGGAGAUGCGGCAUCGAUUGGGACGACGAAAUUCCGGACAGUCUCAACGAGAAGUGGGAGAAGUGGAUCGAGGUUUUACCUAAAGUGCAAUACGUCAGGAUUCCUCGUUGUUAUCGCUCUAUCACAUCGCUAACUCCAGAAACUAAUAUCCAGUUGCACACGUUCGUCGACGCAAGUCUCUCUGGAUUCGCCGCUGUAGUCUAUCUACGCAUCGAGCAGGGUAGCUCUGUGGAAUGUGCCAUAGUGGGCGCAAAAGCACGGGUGUCUCCCCUCAAGUUCGUCUCCAUUCCCAGACUGGAGUUGAAGGCGGCGGUCAUCGGAGUCCGGCUGGCGGACCGAAUCUCCAAGUCCUUAACAUACAAGAUCGACAAACGAGUUUUUUGGAGCGAUUCUCGUGACGUACUGUGCUGGAUACGAUCAGACCGCCGCCGGUAUUCACAAUUCGUCGCAGCCCGUGUUAGCGAGAUUCUUGAGACGACAGAAAUGACAGAUUGGAGGUAUAUCAACACGAAGGACAACGUAGCGGACGACGCUACCAAGUGGGAGCGGCAACCAGAUCUUACAGAGGAAAGCAGAUGGUUUACGGGACCGAAGUUCUUGUGGGAGCACAAUGAAUACUGGCCUGUGGAUUCACAUAAGAGCAGCUCGACAAAUGAGGAACUCCGCGCGAAUCUCUUCCAUCACAUAGCAAGUCCACCUUCAGUGAUUGACGUACGACGGUUCUCCCGUUGGCAGAAUUUGCUUCGAGCCACUGCAGUAGUGCUGCGCGUCAAACACAAUUUUCGUUGCGUGAUCGACAAAUUGUCACGAAGGGAUGGCCUGCUUACGGCGGACGAGCUGCGGCAGGCAUCUAUUUUCCUAUUUCGACAAGCACGAGCAGAAUCAUAUCCAGAUGAAAUCAGGAUUCUCGCGAGCGCAGAAAAGUCCAAGAAGUCGUUGAUGAAGGCCAGUUCGAUAUACAAGCUAAACCCUUUCCUCGACGAGCACCAAGUUCUACGGAUGCACGGUAGGAUCAGCGCGUGCGAGUACGCCUCGAUGGAUGCACGUAAUCCAAUAAUCUUAUCGCAGAGCAAUUACGUAGCUUGGUUAGUGGUGAAGGACUGUCACGAACGGUUCCAUCACAGGAAUCACACCACUGUCUUGAACGAGCUGCGGCAUGUCUACCGGAUUCCGAGGUUGAAACAGCUGUUCGACAAAGUCAAAGCAGGGUGCCAGAUGUGUAAGAAUGAGAAAGCAGUUCCACAACCUCCCCCAAUGGGUGAUCUACCGGAAGCAAGACUGGCGGCGUUUACGAGACCUUUCUCCUUUGUUGGGGUUGACUAUUUCGGUCCGAUUAAUGUGGUGGUAGGGCGUAGAGUUGAGAAACGUUGGGGUGUGCUAACGACGUGCUUAACAGUGCGCGCGAUACACUUAGAAGUCGCGCACUCACUCAGUGCAGACUCUUGCAUAAUAGCAUUGAGAAACAUGAUGGCAAGGCGAGGCGUACCAAUUAAAAUCUAUAGUGAUCGCGGAACGAAUUUCACGGCAGCGAGCAAAGAGCUGAAGGCGGCCCUCCAAGAGAUGGACCAAGAAGCAGUCGUUCGAGAGAUCGUGAGUCCAGAUACCGAAUGGGUUUUCCUUCCCCCAGCCUCACCGCAUAUGGGAGGAGCCUGGGAAAGGCUUGUGCAGACGGUGAAGAGGAACUUGGCAGCAAUACGUCCAGUACGGAAUCCGACCGACGAAUCACUGCGCAACAUGCUGAUCGAAGUGGAGAAUACGAUCAACUCGCGACCGUUAACGCAUGUCCCGGUGGAAGACCCAGAUGCUCCAGUUCUGACGCCAAACCACUUCCUCCUGGGUUCCUCGAGUGGUUUCAAACCGGCGUCAACUCUAGACAACCGUGCAGUGGCUUUGCGACGAUCCUGGUGCGCUUCGCAGGUAGAGGCUAACAUCUUUUGGCAACGAUGGGUGCGAGACUACAUGCCGGAUCUAACAAAGCGAACUAAGUGGUUCAGCGAGGUAAAGCCGAUAGAGGUGAACGAUGUUGCUGUAGUGGUAGACCCAGCUCUUCCCCGCAGUUGUUGGCCGAAGGGGCGUAUAAUCGCGGUCAACCAGAGUAAGGACGGCCAGGUAAGGUCUGCAGUGGUGCAAACAAUGUCAGGAGUCUACGAGCGUCCCGCGACGAAGCUCGCCAUACUAGAUGUUCGACGCGACAGACAGGUAAGCCAGGAACCUGGCGUACCCGGGGGGGAGUGUUACGACCCCUCGGUCGGCGCAUCUCACUACGGCGACCUUCAGAUGUAUCAAUCUUGGCCGGGCGAAACGAACAAUAAACUCGCUCAACGAGACAACUGUCACUAG